AUGCCAAACAUCAUAGAGUGUAAUGCAAUACUUGUCAAAAAAGCCAAACUACUUGCCAAUGACUUGGAAAUUCCUGAGGGUGCAUUGAACUUUUCUUAUAGUUGGCUUGAUAAGUUUAAAGAUCAAAACAAUAUUCAUCAAUGUAAACUUGAAGAGGAAACAAAGUCAGCAGAUGAAGUAGCUAUUAUUAACACCUUACCUGCUCUAAAAAACAAGUAUUCCAACUAUCCUAUUGAAAGAAUCUAUAACAUGGAUGAGACAGGGCUUUUUUUUAGGUUAGAACCCGAUCGAUCAUUAGCAACUCAACAUCUUUCUGGGUACAAAGUAGAUAGAGAAUAUCUUUCAAUUGCAUUAUGCACAAAUGCUGAUGGCUCUCAUAAAAUGGUCUCUUUU